AUGAUCCAGACUGAACAGAGCUCUCUCUGGCUACCAUCCUCAACCGUAGCCGAACAGACCAACAAGAACAUUCUGGAUGACGUCACAGCCUACCAGAGUCUUGAUGACAAGGCAGCUCGCACGAUUCAGAGGGUAUAUCGCGGUUAUCGGACUCGACGCGAAAUUCGAGGCAUCGGUGUUGCCGCCUCUACGAGAGGCUUAGAGACCCCCCAAAAUCCACAAGCUGACCCAUUUGACGAAGAUCAACAAACAAGUCCCGAGAUCGAUGAUACCAGCAAAAGCCCUGCGCGCAAAAACUGGAAACGGGCCGUGAGCGCUGUGAUAAGAGAUGGCGGGGAUGAUGAUCGAAUAGUGGAAUCCGCUGCCCGUGCCCGCGUGACGCCGCCGGAAAAGAUACAGCCAAUGCGUGGAACGACCUCGAAGGCUAUGGAUUUGCAAUAUUUUUUGGAGAUGGUCGAUGCUAAGCACCGACAUGGCAGCAAUCUACGAGCUUAUCACAACGUGUGGAAGAAUUCCCCCUCGAAAGAGAAUUUCUUCUAUUGGCUAGAUUAUGGGGAAGGGAAAGAUGUGGACCUUGAACAUCGCCCUCGAGAGCGACUCGAGAAGCAGGAGGUGCGUUAUCUGUCGCCUGAGGAGCGUCUGAAUUACAUGGUCAAGGUAGACGAAAAUGGCCUGUUUAGAUGGGUGAAAAACGAUGAGUUAGUGGAGACCGACAACAAGCGAUUCAAGGACAGCAUGCAUGGCGUGGUACAUGUUGAUGAUUGCACACCCCGAUUUCAAGGCAAUUCGAUUUCCGAGACCCCUCCUUCCGAAUCACAGUCGUCUUCGUCUUCGCCUUCCUCUUCUCCCGCACAAAAACUUCCACAUGAAGACCGUUCCGAAGAAGUUCAAUUUUCCACCAAUGAAGACUAUGAACUGGGAAAGGCAGUCAAAAAGUUCUCUCAUAUUAAGCCCGAAGCAAUAUAUGAACACUUUGCGAGCACCUUUUCGAAGAAAGAUGAGAUGUGGAUCUUUGUUGCCGACACAUCCUUUCGAAUCUAUAUCGGAAUCAAGGAGCCUGGAGCCUUUCAACAUUCUUCAUUCUUGAGAGGGGGUCGUAUUGCUGCCGCUGGAAUGCUUAGGAUCCGUCAUGGGCAGUUGAAAAGCUUGGCUCCACUCAGCGGCCACUAUCGACCACACGUUGCCAAUUUUCGAGCUUUCCAUCAUUCCCUGCAGGAGAGAGGAGUUGAUCUAUCGCGGGUGUCGAUCACAAAAGCGUAUGCCAUGCUUGCAGGAAUUGAAGGUUAUGUCUCGACAAAACGCAAAGUUCGCUCUGUGCAGGAAAGGUUAGGCGGAGCGAAGGAAAAGCUUCAUCACCCACACCAAUCAGAAGAAAAGGUGCCCUGCUAA